GGGACAUCAUACCUGCCUCUGAGUAUACAUUCAAGCACAAAUUCUGCAACUAUUUUCGAAAACGAUCGAAGGUGGCGUUCGGUCGUUACAAAGAGGUUCGAGCACGCAGACAUCUACUUCCAAGUCAACAUGAAUCAUUCCGAAGAAAUUCCUGCGAAGAUACAUUCCGAUUCGAAAAACUAUUGCUACCACAAGAAAAUUCCGAAUGUUAUCUGUUUGAAGCCGCUGGAACCAUUUGAGUUGUUCAUUAUGGAGAUAACAGAAAAAGAAGAGGAAGAAGAUAAUAGAUCUCAUAUGUUGUGUUGUGACUUUAAAAAAGACGUGACAAUUUUUCUUACUCAAUUUAAAGAAAAUGGACAAGAUUUUAAUAUGAAUAAUAUGAAUAAUAGAGAAAUAUUAAAUUCAAUUAAAACUAAAAGAGCUUAUCCAAUUUGUAAAACGAACAUACAGACUAAAAAGAAGUGGCACUGUAGGGUGUAUGACUGGGAUGCCCUUUGGCUCUAUCUAUAUCGAAUAUGCGACAGAAACAAAGACAUAUUUCCUUACGCUGGCAUUCUACUUAGAAACAUGCAAGAGUACUUUGUUCAUCAAACUAAGGAAAAGGAACCUAAUAAUCGUAUAAGCAUAUUUUACUACCAUCAUCAUUCAACGACUAAAAUACUUCUGAUGUCUGGAACGAAAAUCUGUAUAAGACAUUAUAAAUUUGAUCCAGGAAAAAAAAUAUAUGUUAGUAUGCAAAGGAGCGACUCAGUAAAUGUGAUUUCGAUGAUUUCAUUUUAUCAUGAUUUUUCUUUAAAAGCCUUUUCCGUGGACGUUGUUUUGAAAAGGAUAACAGCGAACAGCAUAUUGACGAAGGAGGAUUUAGAGAAAUUAAACUUACCAAGAACCAUACUUCAAGAAAUGAUAAGAAAAGGAUUGCAAUUAUUUCGCCACUUGCAAUGAUAAUUGUAAUCAUUUGAAUUAAACAUAAUUGGCAAAGUACUGUCAAACUUCACAUCGUAGAUCAGUACUUCCAAGCUAACAUGAAUUAUUCCGAAGAAAUUUCUGUGAAGAUAUAUUUUUGUCUGAAAAAUUCUUGCUAAAAAUUCUACAAGAUAAAAAUUCUGAAUGUUAUCCAUUUGAAGCCACUGGAGCCAUUCGAGCUGUUCAUUAUGAAGAUAGCGGAAAAAGAAGAAGAGGAAGAUGAUGAUAAAUCUUAUAUAUUGCGUUGUGAAUUUAAAAAAGACGUGAUAAUUUUUCUUACUUAAUUUAAGGAAAAUGGACAAGAUCUUAAUAUGAAUAAAAUGCGUAAUAGAGAAAUAUUGAUUAAAACUAUUAGAAAAGAGCUUAUCCAAUUUGUAGAACGUACAGAGGGACUAAAAAGGAGUGGCACCGUAGGGUGUAUGACUGAGAUGAGUACUUUCUAAUAAACUUUUUACAGCAUAAUCUAUAACUAUAACAGCAUAAAUGAAGAGUAUUUUGAAAAGCUAUAUCUCUCUUUCUCGUCGGUACCCGAAAAGAACACUUUUUUUGUACAUUUGAAACCGGUUACCUCAAAACCUAUGUAACGUAUCACAAUUGUGCUAAUCUUAUUUGAAAGAUAAUUUAAUUCUCUACAAAUUUUGUUUCGGUAUUUUUAUUAAACAACCUAUGCUUCUCUAGUUAUUUGCAAAAAUGUAUAUAAACCGUGAUUUUUAAACAUUAAUUCUUUAAGUAAGCAUUUUUUGAUCCAUUUAUAAGAAAUUUUUUGUUUAAAUUUAAAUUUCCUGUAAAAUCUUAAUGUCUGGCCGGAAUUUUCAAGCCUACAUCUUGCAUAACAGACUUUAAAUUAGUACGUUCCGUUGUCAAAGAAGUUUAACAGUAAUAUUUUUUGUAUUUACAUUCUUGUAUUUCCAUUUAUUAAAACUGUACAAGAAAAGUAUGUUAUAUAACAGUUACAUAGCAUAUUUGUGUUAUACUCCUAAUAUGGUUAAUUUGUACAGCCUAAUAAUAUUUUCAUAGGAAUGUUUGGGAAAUGUGUGAGUGAUUAGGAGCAGGGGAUAUUUUUACUCAGUUCCCUGUUUUUUUCUUAAUAACAAUAUUUGUUUGGUUUAGAUGUUAUUACAGCGUUUUUCUGUGCGGACGCUUAUGCAGUAUGUAUGCUUGUUGCGUAGUUGCAGUCGUAGACAUCUGUGCAGUGUGGACGCUUGUGCGACAUGAUUGCAUUCGGGGACGUCUGUGCAGUGUGGGCGCUUGUGCGGCGUAAUAGCUUGUGCAGCAUGAAUGCAGUCGUGAACGUCUGUGCAGUGUGGACGCUUGUGCAGCGUUAUUGCAGUCGUAGACGUCUGUGCAGUAUGGACGCUUUGGCAGUAUGGUUGCUUGUGCAGUGUGUAUACUUGUGUUGCGUGGAAAGCUUGUUGACGCAUGGAGAGUUCGCCGUUGGGCAUGUAUUACAAUGCCCUGGAGGAGGAAGCACGUGUCUCAGUGUCUUUCGCCGCUGGGUACAUGUUUCAAUACCCUGGAGGAACGCGUGUUGCAGCGUUUUGCCGAAAAGGAAUACAUGUUGCAGUGCUCCGUGUGGCGCGUCUUUCAGCUCCGUGAUGUCUGCUCGACCACCCAUUGGGGCUUUCUCUUAUAGGCCCCUUGGUGAGAUCUUAACUUUGAGCACAGCGACUCUGCCGCGCGACGCCUAGUAGCGGAGUCGCGUUACCGAUCAUGGAGUCCAUUACCGAUGGAGUUAAACAAUACAAUUCAUAACGAAAUUUUGAAUAAUAAGUAACGAUGGAGAGACAUUAGUGACCGGUGCUAAUAUAUUCCCGCGUCUCUAAUUUACGUAACUAACGCAAUAAAACGUAACUAACUGUGCAUAACAAAUUAAACGUAAGAAAUCGGUCGAUGAGAAAUCGAUUAAACAAAAUAUCAAUCAUCGCUUAUUACAUUUAUUUAUCACAUCUUUACAUUUCAAUUUAAAUGACUACAAUCAUCAUUGCAAGUGGUGAAAUAUUUACAAUCAUUUUCUUAUCAAUUUUCGAAGUAUGAUUCUUGGUAACUGCAGUUCUCUAAAUCUUCCUUCAUCAAUACGCUGUUCCUUGUUAUCCUCUUCAAAUCAGUGUCCAUGGAAAAGGCUUUUAGAGAAAAAUCUGGCGAAAUGCAGAAAAAUGUACAAGUAACAAAAUAUCAGCCGCGUUUGGUGAGUCGACAUGUUAUUGAUGCUUACCGCGAUAGAAUAGAAUCAUCGAAAUCAUAUUUAUUGCGUCCUUUGCAUACUGAUAUAUAUUAUUUCUUCUCGAUUGAAUUUAUAGUGCCUUAUACAGAUUUUCGUUCCAUACAUCAGAAGUAUUUCAGUUGUUGGAUAAUGAUGGUAGUAAAAUAUGCUUAUACGAUAAUUAGGUUUCUCUUUCUCAGUUUGAUGAACAAGUUAUUCGUUUAUGUUUCUAAGUAAAAUGCGUAAGGAAACAUGUCUUUGUUUGUGUCGCUAUUCGAUAUAGAUAGAACCAAAGGGCAUUUGGAACAAUAAAUAGUCUCUCAAGUCAUUACUUAGGUAGUAAAAUCACGAUAACAUCGAAGUGACAAGAAAAUCUGUUCAGUUUGACCUAGCAUAUAGUGGCAGACGUCGUCAUUAUAGCUCACCUACAACAUGAUAUGUGAUUAUUUUUAAAUUUCUUUGCAUAAAUUCAGCAACUGUUUCCGAAAACGAUUGAGGAUAACGUUCGAUCAUUACAAGGAGGAGCGAGCAGGCAAAUAUAUAAAUCUCGGCUAAGCCUGAAUUCUGAUCAGUUCAGUUUCAUUUGUUCAGGUCGAAUGAGCACGUUUUUCCACUUUUUAAUAAAACUGCGAGUAUUUAUUUAAAAAUUAUAUCGUUGUCUGCCAUAGAUUUUUCUUAUUUAUAGACUUAUUCAUAGACAUUAUUGUUAUAACGCGUAUAAAGAGAAUACUGUUCGAAAAGAGGAAAAUUACUGAAAGAUUCCCGAAUACUUUUAGAACGAGUAACACACUUAGUUUAUUUUUUAAAAACACUAAAAUGCGAGAAAGCAGCGAACAGUCGCAGGAAUGACUGUAAAUAUCAGGCAUGUCAAACAUGAAGAAGGCAGCGGAUAGCCGCAAGAGUCGCAGGAGACAGUGAACGUCUACGAUUGGAUAGGACGGCGGAUAGCCGCAGGAGGCGCAGGAUGCAGGAACGCCGACGUCGGAAAGGGCGGCGGAUAGUCGCAGGAGGCGCAGGAUGCAGGAACGCCGACGUCUGAGAGGGCGACGGAUAGCCGCAGGAGAAAACCUGUGAAUGUAUCUCUCUUUUCCCCACUCGAGGAGAAUGCCAGCUCUUUCACUUUUACUCUUGACGGAAAAUCUCAAUAUCGAUUAGCAAAACGUGAUAACGAAUGAGAUGCACCUCGCAAUAGCUAAAGAGAAACUGAAACUCAGAUCGUACCCGGAGGAGAGAGAACAAUGAAACUCCGGGACGAUCGCCCCUUGACAACGUAACAAAUUCUCGCAGUUCCUCGGUUACGAGGACUUGCUACGCCGAGGAGAUAGCUGACUAUCAGCUUCUAGAAUAUUCAGGCUUGUUGCUAAGCCGGAAUCUCGACAUUUCCGCUACAAUUAUCAUAAAUUAAACUUAUUCUUAAAUCAUCUUGUGCAAAAUAUGCAAAUAAUAAUGCAAAUAAAUGAUCUAAUUUUAAAAUAAAAUGAGAUCUGUACCAUAUUAUAAGAAGUAGAUGUUAAUUCUACAUAAAAGACUAAAAAUCUAAAUUAAAUAAAAAGUUCUUGUCAGCAGC